AUGGUUUCUACCUACAUUAUAAGACAUUCUUCCCUGGUUGUUGCUUUCUUAUGCUUGGCAACGCUCGUCUCUGCAAACCCGCGGGUUCUCAUCUACUCUGCCACCGCGGACUUUCGGCACGACAGCAUACCGACCGCGGUACAAGCGCUACAGAACACCUCGGAAUCUACCAACACUCUUUUUGAUCACACGGAAGACAAGACCUUGUUCACCGAUGAUAAUCUGGCGAAUUACGACGCGUUGCUGUUUUUGAUGAAUACUGGGGAAGUUCUCGAUCAGCAGGGUAAGGAUGCUCUACAGAAAUACCUCGACAAAGGCGGCAACUUCGUCGCGAUCCAUGCCGCGUCGGACGCGCUCCGAAACACCACUUUCUACGGCCAUGAAGUGGGAGCGUUCUUUGAUUACCACCCAGAGCUGCAGAACGGGACGAUAGACGUCAUAGGUCCUUCCCACCCUAGCACGUCCAUGCUCCCCGCACAAUGGCACGUCCAGGAGGAAUUCUACAACUUCAAGUCCGAUCCGCGCGACGUCGGCGCGAUCGUCAUCCUGUCCGCCAACGACUCCAGCUACACCGACACCGGUACGCGCAUGAACCAGGGCGCGCCGCAUCCGACGGCAUGGUAUCAAGAGCACGGAGCAGGCGUCGAGAGCGGGGGCACGGCCGGCCGCAGCUUCUACACGAGCCUGGGACACCUCAACGCGACGUGGCACGACGAGCUCUUCAUGGGGCAUGUCACGGGCGGCAUCGCGUGGGCUCUGCAGGCGAACACGACGAGGGCAUUCAAUGCGAGCGCCGCGGUCGGCAACGCGGCGGCCACGUCCUCGUCUUCUGCGACGCCCGGCUCUGGAUCCAGCUCGGCCGUGUCGACGGCGGGGUCUUCUGCGCAGCCCACGUCCUCGUAA